AUGUUUUCAAAUGGAAUGGAAUUAUUAAAUGAUAAUUUCAUCAUUUAUUCCUCGGAACAAUUACCAUCAUAUAAUGAAUUUUAUAAUAAUGUUAUGAAAAAAAAUAAAGCCUGUUUAUUUGGAUCCAAAUUAACUGAACAAUGGAAAUGUCGUAAUGAAUGGUUAAGUAAUAAUGAUGAUUCAAAUCGAAUAAAUUUUGAUUAUCUUGUUGAAAAAUAUGGAAAAUUAACCGUACCGGUUUAUAAUUGCAAUCGAAAACAUUUUAAUUCAAAUCCAAAAAAUGAAAUGUUAUUCGAUGAAUAUGUUCGAUAUUGGAAAAAAUUUAUUGAAAAUGAAUCAAUGGAAAUACUUUAUCUAAAAGAUUGGCAUCUUGUACAAGAUUCAGUGGAUGAUAAUUUCUAUGAAAUACCUGAAUAUUUUGAAUCCGAUUAUCUAAAUGAAUAUUGUCGGGAUAAACAAAUUACUGAUUUUAAAUUUGUUUAUAUGGGACCAACCGGUUCUCGAACACCAUUACAUAUUGAUGUUUUCGGGUCGUUUAGUUGGUCAUCGAAUAUAAUAGGAACAAAACGAUGGAUAAUGAUUCCUGAUUAUUCAAUUGAUCGAUUAAAACAAUUAAUCGGUUCGGAUGAAUUACCGCAUGAUCUUCAGAUAUUACCAAACUAUCGGGAAAUUUUAGAAAAAGUUCAGGGAUUCGAAGUAAUGCAACAAGCAGGUGAAAUAAUAUUUGUACCAAGUGGUUACUUGCAUCAAGUUGAAAAUUUAACCAAUACAAUUUCGAUCAAUCAUAAUUGGUUUAAUGCAUGUAAUUUGGAAAGAAUUUUCAACAAUUUAUUGAAUGCAUUAAACGAUGUCCAGAAUGAAAUUAAAGAUCUAAAAGUUGACAUGAACGACGAUGAUGAAGAAUGGAAUGAACUUUGUGAUAAAAUUCUAACCAUUCAUUUUGGUAUGAAUCGUCAAUAUUUUUUGGAAAUCAUUCGAAACAGUAUUGAUAAUCGAUUAUUUCGUUCAUCAAAUUCGAAUAAAUUUCUGCAACAACAACAUGAUUUUGAAUGUUUGAAGAAAAUUUUAAAAAAAAUUUUAUUGAAUGAAAAUUUUAGUAAAAAAACAAAUGAUAAUGAUAGGAAAAAUUUAGAAUCGUUGGAAAAAAUUGUCAUUUGA